CACACGCACACACACGCACACACACAGAAUACAGACUGAGCUUGAACAGCAUGGAGAAAAUGAGCAUUAUCUUUUAUGUUCUUACAAUUUUUGGGGCCCUUUUGGUGCCAACAUAUGCUCAAUCCUUUGAUAACUCGACUAAUGUUAAUACUUCCACCAACCCCGUAUCAGAUGAAAUGAGCUCACAAACAACUGUGAGCAAGGAAACUACUGAAAACAUCUCGAACAUAACUGAAGACUUCUCAUUAAGCUCUGAAACAUCAACUGAAGGACUUGCACAAGACAAUGUAACUACAGAUAGUAAAGCAACCAAUGCCACGAAAGGUGAAACGACAACGAAAAGUGCAACCGAAAAGAAAAGCACCACAAAAGCAGCGCCUUCACCAAGCACCAAAGGUAAAACCGAAAAGGAAAGCGCCACAACACCUGUACCAGACACCAACGGUAUCACCAAAAGCCCCACAAAACCUGUACCAGACCCCAAUAGUAAAACCAAAGACCCCACAGGUUAG